CGCCGUCGCCGCCGCCACCGCCACCGCCACCGCCACCACCUCCACCCCCUUCUCUACCUAGGAGCUCGGGCUGCCUCCGGGCUCGCGGCCGCAGGAGGGAAGAGCCCUUCUUCCGCCUCGCCGGCGCCCGGCCCGCCCGUUUCGCCCCGACCCGUCUCCCCAUGACUGCUCCCGGCCCAGCUGCCGACAGACGUCGCCCCGGAGCCGGGAUUUAACACGGAAGCCCGGGUCAGGGGCCGCGGGGGGAGGAGGAGGGAGACCCGGUAGGUCCCGCGUCCCUCUCGGCCCGGCGUCUCGGCGGGAGCCAUGACCUCGCUGACCCAGCGCAGCUCGGGCCUGGUGCAGCGGCGCACCGAGGCCUCCCGCAACGCCGCGGACAAGGAGCGGGUGGCGGGCGGCGGCGGCGGCGGCGGCAGCAGCGAGGACGACGCGCAGAGCCGCCGCGACGAGCAGGACGACGACGACAAGGGCGACUCCAAGGAAACCAGGCUGACCCUGAUGGAGGAGGUGCUCCUGCUGGGCCUCAAGGACCGAGAGGGUUACACAUCAUUUUGGAAUGACUGUAUAUCAUCUGGAUUACGUGGCUGUAUGUUAAUUGAAUUAGCACUGAGAGGAAGGUUACAACUAGAGGCUUGUGGAAUGAGACGUAAAAGUCUGUUAACAAGAAAGGUGAUCUGUAAGUCAGAUGCUCCAACAGGGGAUGUUCUUCUUGAUGAAGCUCUAAAGCAUGUUAAGGAGACUCAACCUCCAGAAACGGUCCAGAACUGGAUUGAAUUACUUAGUGGUGAGACCUGGAAUCCAUUAAAAUUGCAUUAUCAGUUAAGAAAUGUGCGGGAACGGUUAGCUAAAAACCUGGUGGAGAAGGGUGUGUUGACAACAGAGAAACAGAACUUCCUACUUUUUGACAUGACGACACAUCCCCUCACCAACAACAAUAUUAAGCAGCGCCUCAUCAAGAAGGUACAGGAAGCUGUUCUUGACAAAUGGGUGAAUGACCCUCACCGCAUGGACAAGCGCUUGCUGGCCCUCAUUUACCUAGCGCACGCCUCCGAUGUCCUGGAGAAUGCUUUCGCUCCCCUUCUGGACGAGCAGUAUGAUUUAGCCACCAAGAGAGUGCGGCAGCUCCUUGACUUAGAUCCUGAAGUGGAAUGUCUGAAGGCCAACACCAAUGAGGUCCUGUGGGCAGUGGUGGCCGCGUUCACCAAGUGACGGCUAAGAAUGAGGUGUUCUCCUUUCAUGAAAGUCAGUGGCUUCAAUUCCAUUGACUUCUGAUUUUUUGUAAUUUGUACUUUACCACACUGUAAUUGGCUUUUGUUUUAUAUAAUAAUAGGUAGCUUUUCUGGGUUUGUGUGUGAAUGCCAGAAACUGCUGGUACUAGGGACCUUUCUGCUUAGGGUUAGAAAAAGAAGUUUCACUGUCAUUGGCAUUUCAUUCUUUCUUGAGUUCAAGAGAGUUGCCAUUCUCACCAUAACAGGUUUGGAUUUCUGUUAUGUUUACUUUCAAACUACCUCCAGUUCCACAUGCACUUUUUUU